UGUUACUGGAAAUGUGAAGGAAUCUUUCAAUUACAAUGAAGAAUUCUUGGAGUUUUGUACAGAGGGAUAUAUCACUUUGCUUGCUCUGAACAUUUUAGACAUGGAAAAUCUGACAGAUGUUCCAGAUGUGGAUGAUAAAGUUUCAUGCCUCCACAACACUUCAAGCAAAGUGAUAGACAGUGUAUUUCAAUCUACAUCAUCUGUUGUUCAGAAAAUUACAAAAACAGGCGAGAGGACACAAGAAAAUGAGCUAUAUCCAUUUUGUAUCUGUAAGUUGGAAAAGCCAGGAGCUAUCAUGAUUUUUUGCAAUAACAAAAAACUGCACAAGAGGAAUCUGGUUCCAUAUAGAGUGUGUGGAAAUGGAAGAGGAAGACAUUCCAGAGGGUGUUUGGUAUUGCAGUACUGAUUGUGAAAAAGAGAAGUCAGCUAGAAGAACAAAGAAAAAGACGACGGCAACCACUUUAACAGAUUUUAAAAUGGAUUAUGUCCUUCUCCUCAUCUGGCGAGGGCUUUCGCAGAUGUCAAGGAAAGAUGCUAUUAGGGAGAACAAUGGGAAGAUGAUGAUAAUCCAUUGGAAAUUUGAUCUCCUGCAGUUUUUUUCCAGACACCACCCAAAAUACUUCCUCUUGUGCACCAGACUGCUCCUAGCAGUAAAUGGUGCAGUUUCACCUAGGUUACAAAAGACAUUGAUUUGGAACAGAACCAUCAGUUCCAAUGGUGGACUGGGGAAGAACAUUGAAAUGGAUUUGCAAAUGGAGUACUUCAAUAAGGAGUACAAAGAGAGUGUUAAAGAUGCCGCAGGACACUUGACACCCGACACAGUGGCAAGGCACAGCCAAAUGAUUGGGAUAGGGAAAGAGGUUGCCAAGGUGUACGACAUAAGUGUGAGUGGUAUGUCAGGACGCACUAUCCACAAGGGUGGGGGAGUUGAUAGAUCAAAAGACUUUUCUGACUUUAUCGAGCUUCUUCUUCCCGAGAAAAUCUUUUGUGCUCAUCCAGGAAGACAUUAUAAAAGUUUUCCUGAUGUUGACGUAAAUGUACAUGCAAAAGCCCAUCCCAAAACCAUUCGAGAAAGACUGGAGAGAAUACGAAAAGAGGAGAGCAGGAAGUUGAAGAGAAGAAAUCAAAUGUUAGAAUAUGGGACAAUUUUGUAGACUUAGUUUUUAUGUUGUAUUUGAAAUAUAUUGGCGUUUUGACCUUGCAUUAUUUCCAACGAACUUAUCAGAAUGUGUAUAUCAUUUGCAAAUUCUUUUUUGUCCAUUAGUUCUUUAUGUGCAAGACUUAAAAUUUUAAGAAACCUCUUUAGACAGUUAAAAUCCAAUCUCAUUUUUUGGGGUUGUAGUGUACUAAUCAAAAUAAAAUUGAAAUGACUGUCAUGCUCAAUUCACAAUAUGAAAUUUUCUGGUAGUUGUACAGUGAGCUUUUGCUGUUAUGUAUACAACAUUCAAGAAAAAUCCAAGAAUAUAUAAACAUUGAAAAAAUUAGUUCUUCAAUUUCAAAGUAAAAAAAGAUUAUCUAUCAUUGAUUUUGCAUUCUUUAAAUAAACAAGCAAUCAUUCAUUCAAUGUAUUCUGUUUAGUAACAGUUAUUGUCACUGUUUAGCUCACAUGAGAUGAAAUUCCUGAUGACCAGUUGUCUGCAAACUGUUCAUAUUAAUCCAUUACUUCCUCCCAAAUCGGUGAAUCCCUUUGAUCAAAUUUGGCAUAAAUCAUUGUUGUGUGAAGGCGAUUCAAGGCGUACAAAUAAUGGACUCUAAGGUGUUAAUCAAACUUGGGCAAAAAAUAGGGCAGGGUCAUUUAAAAAAUAUUAAGAACCACUGUGCCAGAAAAGUUGAAAUUUAUAUGCAAGUUUCCUUAUAUCUUACAUGAUGUACAUUAAAUUCUGUUUAACCCCCCCCCCCUUCCC